AUGGGUGUGGUAGCGGCGCCACCUUUUCCUACCCCACGUUUCCAUUUUCGCUCUGAAUACGAAUACGCUUGGAAUCUGAAUGAAGACGGCAAAGUUCCAUCUUCCGUGCCUUUAGCAAGACUCGGACGAUGUACCAAGACCAAGGCGACACCCCGGCUGAAUCCCGAUACUCAUCCUGUUUUCAAGAAGCGCUCUGUGCUUUAUACCUACGUCGCCGCUCCCGAUGAAGAGAUCGACCUCUUGCUUGCAGAACAAGUGCUUUCUCCGGUCGACUACUCUGCCUGGGCAGCCCCGAUCGUCGUCAUCAAGAAAACAAAUGGAACACUACGACUCUGUGCCGGCUUUUCUACUGGAUUGAAUGACGCGCUCAUGCUACAUCAACACCCGCUGCCAACUCCGGACGACGUUUUUGCGAAGCUGAAUGGUGCCACAGCAUUCACGCGAAUCGAGUUCGCCGACGCUUAUCUCCAAAUUGAAGUGGAGGACGAGGCGAAGGAGCUGUUAACCAUCAACACGCACAGAGGACUACUCCGCUAUAGUCGCCUUCCUUUUGGCGUUAAAUCGGCUCCGGGCAUCUUCCAACAAAACAUAGAUUCCAUGAUUUGUGGGCUCGAAGGCUGCGCUGCUUACCUCGAUGACGUUUCACAGGCCGAAAUAUCGAGGAGCACGUCGCCAGUCUGGAAGCUCUGUUCAAGAGGAGGAUGGAUAAGUGCAAUUUCCUGA